CUACCCUCAUCAAUAUGUUCAUUCUUCACCCUCACACAUACGUCUUAAUUACCUCCUCCAAAGGCUUGUAGGGUUACUCCAACACUCAGGAGAGACUGCACUAUGCAAUCUCAAACUUCUGAUACGUUUCCCUCUCACUGUGAAAAUGAAACAAUUUCCUGCUAUGACCCGGCAUUUUACUACACCAGACCCUUUUCCAUUCACUCUGAAAGCAACCCAACAUGGAAACAAGAAAACAACACUGACCUUCCUCCUUUGUCCUUUUUCCACUUUCCUUCUCCUCCCUUUGAAGACUCUCGUAUUUCCCUCCAACAACACCACGAUUUCCUCCUUCCGUUUCACCAUAACCCUCCACCUCAAAACCCCGACCCUCAACCUGUUAGUCUUUCCGUGGAGACUUCUGCUAAGAAGAAUAUCCAAACCCCCAGAAAAAGACUUGGCAAGAGAGAUAGACACAGCAAGAUCAGCACCGCAGGGGGACUGAGGGAUAGGAGAAUGAGACUUUCCCUUGAUGUUGCAAGGAGGUUUUUCGGUUUGCAAGAUAUGCUGGGCUUUGACAAAGCUAGCAAGACCGUGGAGUGGCUGCUGAACCAAGCAAAAGCUGAGAUCAAUCGUCUAGCGAAGGAAAAAAAGAAGCAGAAGAAGAGUGUUCACCGCAGUUGCUGCAGUGCUGGUUCGGAAUGUGAAGAAGGUGUGUCCAGUCUUGAUGAGGUUGCAGGGAGUAGAAACGAAGAAGAAGCAGGAGAAGAGAGAGUGGACAAAGUGAUGAAGAGAAGGGUUAAGCAUUCUAGGAAGAUCGGUGCAUUCCAUCCUCUUGCAAGGGAGUGCAGGGAAAGGGCAAGAGAGAGGGCAAGAGAGAGGACAAGAGAAAAGAUGAGAAGUCGUGGCCUGGCUGAAGAAUCAAAGCCAUGUAGAGAGGAAGAAAAUCAAAAUCUAAUCCAAUUGGGUUCUUGGAAACCCUCAGAAACUGGAGAAGAAUUUGUUACCAAGAGCCACGGUUUGCAUCCUUCCUUGGACGUGAUCAAUGAGGGUAAAGAACACAGCUACCACGCAAAGGAGCAUGAUGAUGAUGAUUCUUUGGUUAUUUUGAGCAAAUGGAGCCCCUCCUUGAUCUUCAAUAACUAUGGAUUCUCUCACGAACACCAAUUUGCAGAAUUUCAGUCCUUGGGAAAGCCAUGGGAGGCCUAGAACAAUCACAUCCCAUAUAUUUGAUGUGCCGACGGAAGUCUGCUAUGUAUUUCUUUACUUUCCUUUCAGAAUUUAACGGAGUAAGGUACUCUCAACAACAUCUAUGAAAAAAAAUUAUAUAAAACGGUUGUAUUUUGAUCUCUAUAACACGUUUCCUUUUCCAUGUUUCUGCUCUGAUCGUAUCUACCUACUUACUCAGUGUCAUGGUACAGAUUCAAUAGUUCGUAUAACGGCCUUGUGCAUGCUUCU